AUGCGCUUUCUCUGUCUACACGGCGGUAGCACCAAUAGCGAGAUCUUCGAAAUCCAAACCGGAGGCCUACGCCAACAACUCGAGAAGAAUGGCCACCGCUUCAAAUUCAUGAACGGCAAACAAGAUGCCCAAGUGGAAGAAGAACUUGAAGGUGUCGUCGACGGCCCCUUCUACAACCACUACCAUAGAGGCGACACAGCGCCAGGCUCAUCAAUCCAAGAAGCAUACGAACACACGCUGCAAUUCAUGGCAGAACAAGGCCCCUUCGACGCUGUAAUGGGGUUCAGCCAAGGCGCAGCGCUAGCCGCAUCACUGAUAAUCAACCAUAGCAAAACGAACCCAGGAAGCGCGCCGCUGUUUCGCGCCGCGGUGUUCAUUUGCGGUGCGGCGCCGUGGGAUAGUGCCGGGAUGGAGCAUAUCCUGCCGCGGCCGGAUACGUAUCCGAUUAAGAUUCCCACGGCGAACAUUGUUGGCAAGUUGGAUUCGUUGUAUGGGGAGAGUGUGCGGUUGUUUGAAUUGUGUGAGCCUGCCCAGGCGGCUUUCUAUGAUCAUGGGUCGAAGCAUAUGGUUCCGUUUGAUAUGCGAAAUACCGAGGAGAUGGUUCGGGUUAUUGAGGAGACUAUUAAGAAGGCUAUGAGGGGGUAG